AUGACAACCAGUCUUCCGAGCCCCGACCUUACUUUCAGCGAUACAGCCUCACAACCUGACGAAAACCUUCUUGCCAUACCGAAAACUUCUGCCGCCUGCCAACCAUCAAAUGAUAUGAAGGCGUCGGACUUGUCUGACGACUCGGACAGCUACCACAUGGGCACGCCCGCCUCGGUAGCUUCUGACAAUAUGGAGAAGCUGGGCAUUCUAGAUGCAAGAACCAAGAUAUCAAACUUGCUGAAAGAUAAGGAGCAAGAAUGGACGGCUGUGGCGGAGCGGAAUGGCCCCUUGCGGCUGCUGGACUUACCUAUGGAUGUUUUGAAGGAAAUCGUAAAAGAGGUAACCCAUACGAAUGACUUGACCGCUUUAGCAUUGACGCAUUCGGCGCUCCAUAAUCUUGCGAUUCCUCACAUUUAUUCCCGCUUCGACAUUGUCUGGCCUGACGCAGCAGCCACUACAGAUCCGAGAACCGGCGUGGAUGCCUUGACAUACGGGCUGGCAACUCUAUGCAUGGGAGACGUAUUCACUGACCACAGUAAACCCCAAUCAUUCGCGUGUACAUACUGCGGCACGGAGAAUAUCACAGCGUGUAGUCAUGGGCUUAAAUCUAGUUCGGGGGGUACUCAGCGACGGCUGGGAAAUCAAUAUCCGCAAUUCACAAGAAAGUUUUCCCUCGGAAAUGGACCAACGGACUGGGUUCAGGAAUAUCUCAUCACAAAAGAAAGUGGGAAAAUGCUAGGAACUCUUGUGGCUCUUGCUGUUGCCAGAAUGGUUCAUCUUGAGACCUUUGUAUGGGACAUGCCAACCGGAGUUCUACGCGAUGUUUGGCUUGCCCUGUCUUCUCUUCAGAAUCGGGAUCCGACUCAAGACUGUCGUUUGGAACGGGUGUGGGUUCGAUGGCACGAUAACUCGGAUCCAUCUAUUCCAGCUCCGACGCAAGGUCCAAACAAUGGCUCCAGCACAACUCCUCAAAUGUUGGCUAAUAGCCAGCUAACAUCUGUGGGUUGGACAGUCCCGCCCGGCUCCCUUGCAACCUCUCAAGGGUCUUCGUAUCCCAUACCAUAUUCACAAAGCCGUGUUGAGUAUCCUACUCUUAGUGUACUCCCCCCUCUGAGAAGUCUUUCGGUUCUGGAUAUUGACGAACUCGAUUAUCUGGACGAGAUGAGUGUUCUUAUUGCGAAGUCAAAAGAUCGCUUGCGAGAGCUUAGGGUUGGCGUUUCUGCGAAGGCAGUAAACAGAGAUUUUGCUAUUGCUUGGGAUGGAACAGACCUUCACCAAGUUGACCAUAAAGCACAGUGGCCGGGUGCUAGUACGAUAGGCGAACGGAGAUUGGGCGGUGUUCUUGGUGUACUACUCGGGAGGAUAUUUGACAUUCGCAAGAAGCAAAAAGCGAAGCCCGAGAAGAAAGAUCGGAGCACCUCCAUGGCGUCUUCGACCCCCAUUCCUUCGGAAACUCAACAGAUGGCAGCAACUGCAGCAUCCAUGGAUUUCAGUCAUCAAGAUACUGAAUUGACAUUGAAUCACAUGUCAGAGAUCGUCGGAGGGGGCAGCCAUCAAGAUGGCUGGUCUGGAAAGGAGAGUACAGAUUAUAGUGAGGCUGUUCUCUCCUCUCCCUUGAACAUAGAUGCCGCACAGCCAACGAACAACACAAAUGGCUUGGAUCUUCAUCCUCCCCAUCUAUCAACGGCAGGAGUCGAUUCCGCACAAUCUGAUGUUGACUCGCUCACGGCUCUGAUAUCAGCUCACGACUUAAGUACAGCAGCCCAGAGUGCUGUCACAAACUCGGGAGCUAUGCAUAUAGAUAUCCCUGCCGGGCCUCCUUUAAGACGAUCUCAUACCCAGAGUCAAAAACAAGCACAUUUUUCAGAAGUAAAGCCUGCGGAAAGGGAGCGUCUGGACGGCAAAUUGAAGCUGCAAACUUUGGAAUUGGAGCGAAUUCCUUUGUCAAUAGCAGUUCUUCAGAAAGGCUUCGACUGGUCGGUUUUGACCAAUUUGACCAUACUUGACUGCGCGCAACAUGAUAGACUUUGGGUCAUGCUAAGGCGGCACUUCCAACCUACACCUCUCAAUAUUUCGCAUUCUUCGAAGCAUCAAGCUGGUGUCCAGUAUCACCUCAACCUCAGGAGAAUUCACACGGAUGCCGCAUCUCCGGCUCUGAUUUCUUUUCUAAAAGAGACUCUAGCACCAAAUAGCCUUGAAACGCUCUUUCUACAGGAUCGGAGGCGACCGAGUGGGACCACUGCGGUGACAAUAGAUGCGAUCUAUCGGGGCCCACUCAAAAGACACAGGGCAAGUCUCAAAAGGCUGAUGCUCGACAGCUCUGACAGGGUGCCACGAUCGGUUGCUAGUGGUUCAGACAAUUCACGAUGGAGAGCUUGGGUCCCGAAUCGUGAUGUGCUGAAUUUCAUUACCUCUGGUAGGAUGAGCAGUCUUCGGGAGUUAAGCAUUGCGAUAGACUAUUCAAAUUGGCAUCACUUCCUCCAACGCCUACCCCAGAUUCCCCAUUUACGCUCACUCAAUAUUCCAUUUAUAGCAGACCAUGUCACACCAGCCUUUGAUCCUCGGGAACUUGCCAUGCAGGUUGUCGAUGUCAUUGUUCUACGGCCUGAAGUGGAGCUAUGUUACAUGGGUGUCUCCCACAAGUGCUUUGAGAUUCUGGAAAAUCGACCUCAUGACGAUAUUCAUGGGUCGGGGGAUAAUCACUCGAGUGCUGUGAAUGGUGGGCCAGGUGCUCAAACUGACGAGGAUGAUGAGGAUGAAGACGAAGAUGGAAGCGAUGAGGACGAAGAUGAUGAAGAAGAGGAAGAUGACAAUGGAACCGCGAUCGGUGUCCCGCUUGGAGUCGAUCCAGAUGAAACAGAAUCCGAGAUUUCGGAUCACGAUAAUUCUGACUCCGAUUCAUGGGAUGGGUCUGACGAUGGGCGGUCCAACGUAAGACUUCGAUUGAGAGAGAUUCUAUUUUACGACGAUAAGGUUUCGAUUUUCAAAGCCCGUCAUGGGAAGCUUUAA